AAUUUGGAAAUUCAUUUUGAUCGUAUCCCAAGAAAAAAACAUCCACCUGGCAACAACGUUAAACGAACGAUCGAAUUGAAUAUACCUACGACGAGGACUAACAAAUGGGUGCAGAAAUAAUCUCACCGGGUUUCCGCUUCUACCCCACCGAAGAAGAGCUCGUUUCUUUCUACCUCCAUACCAAACUCGAAGGCAACCGCCCCGACAUCGACCGCGUCAUCCCCGCUCUCAACAUUUACGAUCUCGAGCCCUGGCAGCUUCCCAGGGUGUCGGGGGAGCUGUGUGCGGGGGACAUGGAGCAGUGGUUCUUCUUCGUGCCGAGGCAAGAACGGGAGGCGCGCGGCGGGAAGCCUUGCCGGACCACCGCCACGGGCUACUGGAAGGCGACGGGGUCGCCCAGCUACGUGUACUCGUCGGGGAACAAGGUGAUCGGAGUUAAGAAGAGCAUGGUUUUCUACAAUGGGAAGGCGCCCUGUGGAAGAAAGACGAAAUGGAAGAUGAAUGAGUAUAGGGCCAUCGAAGAAGUAGUACUGCCGGCCACCUCCUCUUCCACCGCCACUGUUCCAAAGUUAAGGCAUGAAAUGAGUCUUUGCCGCAUAUAUGUGAUAUCUGGGAGUUUCCGGGCGUUUGAUCGACGGCCAAUAGGAGCACCGCCAUCAUUACAGAGAAGAGAAAGUGGAGAAGGAGCAAGUGGGAGUGGUUCCUCAAACAUUAAUAUUAAUAUUAAUAUUAAUGAUGAUGAUGGCAAAACAUUAAUGGAGUUGGAAACGUCAAGCAAGAGUUCGCCGCCGCUGCUUAGUGCAUCGCUUAUGGAUCAGCAGUGCGAUGGUGGUCGCGUGAAAAUGGAAAGCACUACCACCAACCUUAACCUAUGCACCAUGGUCAAAAACCUUGAACCCAUUUGUCAUGAUUGGAUGGGAAAAGCUUAAUUAAUUAAUAGAAUCAUCACCGGCCAGUUGAUAGAUGUUGACGACGUAGAAAUCAUGGGACAUAUAUAAUUUUAAUUUCCUUUCAUUAGUACGUAGUAUUAUUGAAGAUCUAGUUAGAAGAUUUCUUGGUCUGAUCUUCGAUCCCUUUUAGAAUUAACAUGAUCAAAUUAAAGCAAUUAGAAGCUAGAUAGCUAGAUCAAAAUGAUGAUAACAGUCCCGGAAUAUUAUGAAGCUAGGUUUGAUUAUUAUUGUAUUAUAUUAUACUUGUAUUGUAUUUUUUUUUAUUUGACGACUAUCAAUAUAAUACAUACUUUGUUAUUGUCCAA